AUGUCAACGCCCCAGAGCGGCAGCGCGAGCCCAGCGACCACGGCGGCGGCGGCGGUGGAGACGAGCAAACACUGGGCGCCGCACGGGCCGAUGCUGACGGCCUGCCUCGUCAGCAUCAACGUGCUAAUGAUCCUCCUCAUCUUCUUCUACUUCUGGCGGUUCUUCUCCGGGAAGCGAGGGCCGUCUACCCCCGGAGGUGCUGAUGAGGAGUCGUCAUCGACCGACUCGUCUCCGGCGACCUCGCCGAGAGCGUCCAGGCGCCUGCGCGACCCCGACCAGCCGGACAUCCCGUCUUCCCUGCCCGUGUCCGUGUUCGACUCCAGCAGCGAGGCCGCCGGGAAGGCAGCGGCCGACUGCGCGGUGUGCAUCGUGGAGUUCCGCGACGGCGACCUGGCGCGCCUCCUCCCUCGCUGCGGGCACCGGUUCCACGCCGCCUGCGUGGACGCGUGGCUGCAUCUACACUCCACGUGCCCGCUCUGCCGCGCCAGCGUGGUCGCCCCUGCUCCGGCCGCCGCCGAGCCCAAGAACGACCCGAAAGACGACGGCGCAGAGUGCCCGGUGUGA